CUUUAUAUAAUAUAUAAUAUAUAGAAUUUAAUUAGAUUUAUGAUUUUUUUUAAACCAAUACUAUGGAUGCUUAUGAUAAAUUAGAAAACAUCGGCGAAGGAAGUUAUGGAGUAGUUUACAAGUGUAUGGAACGUUAUUCAAAAGAAAUUGUAGCGGUAAAAAAUAUACGUAUGGAAGUCCAAGAUGAAGGUAUACCACCGACAGCUAUCCGAGAAAUAAGUAUACUAAAGGAACUCAACCAUCCAAAUAUUGUGAAUUUAAGGGAAAUACUUAUGGAUGAUAGACGGUUAUAUUUAAUAUUCGAAUUUCUUCCUAUGGACUUAAGAAAACUAAUUACCUCAAGACGGCAAAAACAUUUAGAUAAGUUUACAACUAGAUCUUUUACUUGUCAGUUAUUAGUUGCCAUACACCACUGUCACACAAGGCGAAUAUUGCACAGAGACUUAAAACCGCAUAAUAUAUUAGUUGACAUUAAAAACAAUAUAUUAAAAGUUGCUGAUUUUGGUUUGAGCCGUACAUUUGAUUUGCCGAUUCGAGUCUAUACACACGAAGUAGUAACAUUGUGGUACCGAGCUCCAGAAGUGUUAUUAAACACUAAACGCUAUGGUUGUCCAAUUGAUAUGUGGUCUAUAGGAUGUAUAUUUGCGGAAAUGUGUUGCGGGAAAGCUUUAUUUCGAGGGAAUUCAGAAAUUGAUCAAAUUUUUCAUAUUUUCAGUCGUCACACGGCGCGGGUCGUCGCCUUCCGUCGCAAACGCCACAGCCGCCGCCGCGCCAAGGGUUGGUGCGCCCGCGACGUAGGCGGAGUCGCCUCGGUGCCCGAGUACGCGCGUACGUUUGGUAUAUAUAUGGGCGCCGGCAUUUCGGGACACCUCACUUAUCCGGCCGACGUUGACGAUAGUGUCCAACUGCUGUAUUUUCAAGAGGAACACAAGUCUGUGACUGGCACGUACACGUAUAAUAUAAUAUAUUAUAUUAUAUUGCACAUCCAUCUGCACACUUUUAUUGUACACACAGCCGGCAUUCGACUGUGGUCCAAAUUUACACGUAUAGCACUCGCGGUGUACACCUAUAGACACUCGUCGUGACCCGACGACGAACACGUACGACGAUUUUAUCAUUCAAAUCAUCUGUUGAUUAUUCCAUCAACUACCUUGCACACACUCAAA